AUGACUGAUACUCCGCGGUCCGACAAGUCCCGGACUAGGUUCAGCACCCCCGUGUCUGAACUCGACGACCACAGGAACCAACCUGCCUCGAUGCCGCGAGCGGAUACUGGGGGAUCUGCACACGGAUCGCGACGUCCCACAUUCGCAAGUAUUCAACCCCUGCCGGACCGGCCCAAUCUGCUACAACAGGUCAAUGAAGCCCUAGAAUCACACCAGGUUACGGCCCGUGAUUUCGAGCAGGCCAUCGCGGAGGAUGAUGCGCACCUGUCUCCCGAGCCCGCACGUGCAAUUCCCGCCGUCAGUCCCCUUACACGGCGCAAUACCUUCCAACGUCUUCCCAAGUCGCGCACGUCGUCUGCUAGUUCCCGCUCACAGUCGCCGCCAAACUCUGUCGAUGCGUUUGCAGGCUCUCAUCGGCGGGAACGAGCUGGGACGAUCAAUAGCCGCCCUCCAUCCGAGCUUGAACUAGCCAUCCACAGGACCAUAUCUGGAGGGACUAGACGGCGCCCUACGAUUAGCGAUGAACGGCCCGAGGAUCUCCACAUCGAUGUCGCUUCAGCUGCCAGUUCUGCAGAAGAGGACGUGUGCUUUCCGGUCCAAGAAGAUCCUGGCAAGACCACCAGGAUCGACUUUGAGGAGCUCGAAGAGUUCGUGGCCGAAUACCAUGAGAAAACUCCCAUUGGAAACCCAUUGCGCCACAAGCCAAGCGUCAGCUCCCAGCUCUCCAAGAAGGUCUUCGGUGAUCUCCGCCCACGUCCCAGCAGUGCCGUCUCCACUUCCCACAAGGGCGACGUUGAAACGACCCUCACCGGAGCGGUUGACCCAGAGGUUGAAGAGAAACUGGCUGCGGCUGGCCUUUCCCACAUGUACAACGACAAGCUUGGCAAUUCGAACGAAGGCAUGCUCAAUCGCUGGACGUUCUUCUCCUCUGAGCUCGAUGAUACUAUCCAUGCGGCAGAGCUCGGCGGUCUGCUAAUGCCUGGCGAGCAUUUCCGUGAUCUCUUCGAACUUCCCCCUGAUGGCGGGGUUUGGUGGCUCGACAUGGUCAAUGCGACAGAAGAGGAGGUGUUCGCAAUCUGCAAAGCCUUUGGCGUUCACCCGCUUACCCGUGAGGAUAUCACGACACAGGAGACCCGCGAAAAGGUGGAGUUGUUUCACCAAUAUUACUUCGUCUGCUUCCGAUCCUUUUAUCAAGCAGAUAAGGAUUCGGAAAACUAUCUUGAGCCCGUCAAUUUCUACGCAGUGGUCUUCAAGGAAGGUCUGCUCACCUUUACAUUCACGGAGAGCCCCCAUACUACCAAUGUUCGGAAGCGUAUUGGGCGUCUCCGGGAUUACAUCAACCUGAGCAGCGACUGGGUGUGCUAUGCGUUGAUUGACGAUAUCGUCGACAGCUUCGCCCCUGUGCUCCGCUCCAUUGAGGAUGAAACCGAUGCUAUUGAAGACCAGGUGUUUAUAGCCCGUCUUGAAGACUCGCGCGAGAUAUUGCGCGCCAUCGGCGACUGCCGCAAGAAGGUUAUGCAGCUCAUUCGGCUUUUGGGAGGAAAAGCAGAUGUCAUCAAAGGCUUUGCCAAGCGUUGCAACGAGAACUACAAUGUCGCUCCGCGCGGUGACGUGGGCUUGUAUCUCUCGGAUAUCCAGGACCACGUCGUUACCAUGAUGUCGAAUUUGGGUCACUUCGAGAAGAUGCUGUCUCGCGCGCACUCGAACUACCUAGCCCAGAUCUCGGUCGACCAGGUCAUUCAAGGCACCAAGUCCAACAUGACGCUCGGCAAGGUCACGGUCAUUGCCACGAUUCUCGUUCCUCUUAAUCUGAUUUGCGGUCUCUUUGGUAUGAACGUAACCGUGCCAGGACAAGAUUCGGGAUCGCUGGGGUGGUUCUUUGGGAUUCUGGGUGCCAUUGCUCUCUUCGUCACUGUUUGUCUCGGGGUUGCUAAGAGGUUAAGGUAUAUCUGA